AACUGCAGUUCGAGUCGCUUAGCGGAGGGUGUCUGUCUUCGGAUGGCUUACCCGCGAGGAGUGACUGUCGUGGUUAAGCAUAGCCAUCAAGAUUUGGAGUGGUGGAAAAACGAAUGGAUCGAGUGUUGGUGAAUUCGCUUUUUGCCUUCAGUUGGCUACUAGACUACACACCAUGUAUGUCCUUUCACUUUUCCGCCGUUCCCUUACCGAUAUGCGCCAGCCCAUAUUCCGUCAAUAACCUGCCCGAUACAUGUUCCAUCGUAAAGCUGUGUGUGAAAGCUUGGUUAGGCAGUCACAGCAAGUUUCCUUUUCGUACAAGUGUCAUGCUUUCAUACCCGUUCCUUUACUGUUCCCAUAGGUACGAUAACCCAAAACUCCCAAAGAAUCCAAAAGAAACGACAGUGGAGAAAAGAACAAAGACCCAACAAUACAUCCUGAUCAUAACCAAUUGAGCCCACAAAGGAACAUCAUUCGUACACGACCGAGAAAGAAAACUUGGAUAACCCAACAAAGAUUAUCUGCAUGAACCAUCAUGCG